AUGGCAGGAAAGUUGAAGUCUUUGAAGGUGGAGCCGCCGGAAGUCGUGGAGGACGCUGAAGGGCAGACCAAGUCUUGGAAGAAGACUGAAGACCUGCUGGCAAUGGUGAAAAAGCUGCAGAAAGAGGGAAGCCUGGAGCCACAGAUCGAAGACCUAAUUAACCGGAUUAAUGAGCUUCAGCAAGCAAAGAAGAAAUCCAGUGAGGAGUUGGGAGAAGCCCAAGCUCUCUGGGAGGCCCUGCACAGGGAAUUGGACUCAUUGAAUGGAGAGAAAGUGCACCUAGAGGAGGUCUUGAGCAAAAAGCAAGAGGCACUGAGGAUCCUCCAGCUGCACUGCCAAAGCAAGGAAGGUGAAGCUCAGAGGUUGCAUGUGGAAGAACAGCUGGAGGACUUGAUGGACCAGCACAAGGACCUCUGGGAGUUCCAUAUGCUGGAGCAGCGCCUGACCUGGGAGAUCCGUGCGCUGCAGAGCAGCAAGCAGCAGCUGCUCACUGAAGAGAAACAGGCGCGGGCCAAGCUGAAGGAGGUGGGGCGGCGGCUGCGCUCGCCGCCUGAGGUCGAAGGCGCCCUAGCAGUGCAUGACGAGCUGGAAGAGGAGCUGGAGAAACUCGGGGGGCAGGUCCCCGCCCAAACCCAGAGCACCCCAGAGGGCGGGGUCGGCCUGGGAGAGGAUGCCCUUCCCCCGCGUCUCCUCAGACCUCAAGUCUGUCAGCUGCGCGAGGGGCUGGCCUGGAGGACCCAAUUCCAGGUGCCACCAUCUACUAAGCAGGUAUGGAUUAAACAAGCAUUUGCUGCCUGUCUGCCGGGUACCAGGCACUAUCGCAGGCCCUGGAUUUUUAAUAGCGUGGUCAGGGAAGGUCUCAUGGUGGACGUGGUGCCUGAGCAGGGAGGUGAGGGGGCAGGUGAGGGAGUGAGCCAUGUGGGUAUCUGGGGAAGGAUGCACCUGCAGAGGGAGUGGCCACUCAAAGGCUGUGAGGUGGGACUGAGCCUAGUUGUGUUGGAGGGGCAUCUGGAGAGGCCAGCGUGGUGGAGCAGAGUGAGGCGAAGAGGGAGGGCAGAUAAUAUUGGAGAAUUGCUGGGGACCUGGUCGAGUUGGGCCUUGUCUGUCUAAUCAGUGUGGUCUUCUGAGAAUAGGAGCUGGCACACAGCAAACCCUCAGUAAAUAUUCACUGUCACUUACUAUGAUGAUGAUUCAUUAUUUUUCCCAACCCAUCAGUGAGGGAGACCGAGGUGUGUGAGGCACUUAACAGCGGUUUAUAAUCUAAGUGUCUCAUAAAUGGUUCCUAUCAUUUUUAUUAUUAUUAUUAUUAUU